CCUUCUGAAAACCGGCUCCUUGCUGCUCUUACCUCCUCACGUGCCAGCUGGCUGCUUUCCAUGGCUCUGUUACUGGACCACAGACCCAAAUUCCAUCUCUGCUUGGGGACCUGUCUGUAGGACCCGCUGGGAAGGUGGGGGCAGCUGAGCAUCUCCUGCCAAUUCCAGUCAGGGAACGCACUUAGAGGGUCCCCUGGGCAUUGAAGAAAAGGCACUGGUGGCUUCAGCGAUAAAAGAGCCAUCCUUUGUUGCCAGAAGCCUCCUCUGGCAGCUACAACAGACGGGUCUCCGAAGGACACUCUCUGGAAAGGGCUGUCCUCAGAGUUCUCACGAUGUCUGAUGGGGACUACGAUUACCUAAUCAAAUUCUUAGCCCUGGGCGAUUCUGGUGUGGGGAAGACCAGUUUCCUUUAUCAGUACACAGAUGGCAAAUUCAAUUCAAAAUUCAUAACAACUGUUGGCAUCGACUUCCGGGAAAAGAGGGUGGUGUACCGAUCAAAUGGGCCGGAUGGCAUUAGUGGUCGAGGACAGAGAAUACAUCUCCAGCUGUGGGACACAGCUGGGCAAGAAAGGUUUCGUAGCUUGACGACUGCCUUCUUCCGAGAUGCAAUGGGCUUCCUUCUCCUCUUUGAUUUGACCAAUGAGCAAAGUUUCCUCAACAUCAGAAACUGGAUGAGCCAGUUGCAAACCCACGCCUAUUGUGAAAACCCCGAUGUGGUCCUGUGCGGAAACAAAAGCGACCUGGAAGAGCAGCGGGUGGUGAAAGAAGAGGACGCAAAGGAACUUGCAGAGAAGCAUGGGAUCCCUUAUUUUGAAACGAGUGCUGCCAAUGGGGCCAACGUGAGCAAGGCCAUUGAGACGCUUCUGGACCUCAUCAUGAAGCGAAUGGAACGGUGUGUGGACAAGUCCUGGAUCCCAGAAGGGGUAGUGCAGCCUAAUGGGCACAGCUCCACAGAGCAGCUCAGUGAGGAAAAAGAGAAAAGCAAGUGUAGCUGCUGAUCACUAGAGACGUGACUGCAACAUUUUAAAUUAAGCUAUUAUAUUAUGGCUGAAGCUUAAUAUGAAUAAUUUUUGGACCACCUUCUCUAUACGUAGAUGUAGAUGUGUGAUGAUCAGCUCUGCUGAGCACCAGUUUACUAUCAAACAACACCAAUUUGUGCUUUGCAGCCGUUUCCCUUUAUUAGUCACUAGCUAGGCUGGCCUAAGUUUUCAGGAUUUAGACUGGCUGCUUAACAGCAAGUGCUGUUUCCUCUAAGGACCUAAAUUCCCUUGUCGCAACAACAGAAAUGGGUGGGUGGGCUGAAUUGGCCAGAGGAAGCAAGUAACUUGUUCUUCGUUACUGGAAAUGUUCUGUAUUUUAAUGCGUUAAAAAUAGAUAAAUAAAUCCUUUGUUAUCAAUAAUAGGGACCCGGCAUCCCAUCUCCACCUCCGGAUGUUGCUAGACCAACAGUUCCCAUCAUCCCUGACUCUGCUGUUGAGGCUGAUGGGAGCUGCAGUCCAACAACAUCUGAAGGACAACUGCUCCCCUAUCUGUGGUUUUUAGAGACAUCAAGCUGGCCCUUGCAACAGGACCAAACCCUGCCACCUUUCAGAGUUAGUAUUGCUAGAAUCCAGAUGUGCUAUCCUGCCUAAGUAGGUGGAGCAAGAGUAUGUUGCAUGUAUACGGAUGCAGAAGUGUCAUAUGUAAAUUUUCUUGUUUUGACAGGAAUAGAGGGCAAGCUAAUGCUUUGUGCUAAAUUUCUUUGUUUGGAAAAAGUCUCCUUCACAAUCGGACCGAAAAUAUUAUUACUGACUCUUCUGACGAGGCCUUACUCUGUUAAACUCUUGGCUUAUACACCUGCCGUCUCUGUUUUCUUUUCUCCGGUAGAAUCCAGACUCAUUUGCUGUGAUUCUGCAGCUUGCCUGCUUUCGCUGAUGCGUGUAAUCAAAUGGUCUAGAUCAGUUUAUUUAUUCUUGGGCAGAAUCAGUACUUUGAACGGGGCUUAGAGCCUCCUGGGAGCACCUCCUGCAUGUGCUUGAAGGGGAUGAGAACACCAGAAGAGGGGUGUUUGCUGUUUGCUUGUGCAAAGUGGGGGUGCAGAGCUACUAACUUUGUCUUACCAUGCCGUGCCACUGAACAAUCUUCUGAGCACCUACAUUUUCCCAACACCUUUUAAAACAUCUCGCUCAAAAGUCUUAACAAAGUCUUAUUCAGUCUCUGCACACUUAAGUCCCUGCCUAUAUUCCACUGCCGGACUUGAAGCUAGCAGCCCUUAGCCAUGUUUAGGUUUGUGUGUGUCAGAUGGUCCCAACGCAUACAAGCAAAGCAUUCCACAGCAUCUUCCCUGAUGCACCAGCCCUGCUCACCCACCAAACUGCCUAACUGGUUGGUUGUAAGACCUGAGCAUUAAAUGUGACUUGCUGUUCACCACGGAGGCCCAGAUGAUUGGAGAUAAUAAACAAAAUAAGAAACCCUUACGUGUUUGUGCAACGUGCUCUGCUGGGCUGUCACCCUGAUGUUGACAAAAUAGCACCCAAAAAUCUAUUUAUGUGAACACCCUGGAUAUUUUGUUGACCACGUGCUGCAGGUCAAAACCUGCCCCGCCAAAUACAGUUUUAAUAAGUAAGAAAAUUUGAAUGUAUUAAAAGGAUAGUAGCAGUUGGGUAAACUGUGAACAUGCUUACAUCCAGAAAUGCAUUCCAGGGGAUUAAGGGGAGCUGUUAGUGUUCUAGGAAAUUUGCUGUGCUGUUUUAAAAUCCACCUCAUGCUCAGGCCUCAAGAUGGGACAUCCAAGUUUGUGUCUGGGCCUGGGGUGGGGGGUAUGAAAAUAUUGGCUCAAAUGUCUGCCAGUGCCUGAGACGCACAACUGACUGGGGGCUUUUUGCUUAUUAGAAGUGCCUUUGAAAGGACCCAGGACUAGCAAAAGAGCCAGUAUUUUUUUAAACAAAGGAGAAAUACAGUACAACUUCCACUUUGUGGAGGAAUGCCCUAGAACUCUGCCACCUGUACACAAAGGCUAAAAUCACGCAGCGGAAAUGGCAGGGAUGCAUUUUUCUGAAACCAGAGGUGUGUUUUAGAUUUGAUACAAAAGGCUGAAACAGCCAUAUUUUUUGACCUUGCAUGCUGUAUUUAUCGAACUGUAUAAAUGGAAAAUUUAUAACUGCCAUGUACUGCCAUGAAGAGGUAUCUCUAUUAAAAAUGAAUUAUAGCCGUG